AUGAAAAUUCCACUCUCUACAUGGCUUUUCUUGAUAGCCUUUUGGACAAUAGUCUUUGGUGUCCAUGUAGUUUUGGUUUCUGGCCAGUGCCAGAGUGAUCAGCGAUCAUUGUUAUUGCAAUUAAAGAAAAGUCUCACGUUUGAUCAAUCUCCAUCUGAAGAACUGGCGAAUUGGACUUCAAGCACGGAUUGCUGUGAUUGGGAUGGUAUAACUUGUGAUGAGGGUGGUCUUGGUCGUGUUGUCGGCCUGGAUUUGAGCAAUAAAUCAAUCAGUGGUGGACUUGACAAUUCAAGGGAGCUUUUCAAUCUGCAAUUUCUCCGGAGUCUAAAUUUAUCUUUCAACAACUUCAACACAACUCUGCCAGUCAGGUUUGCCAACCUCAAGGAUUUGGUUUCACUGAAUUUGUCCAAUGCUGGCUUUGUAGGCCAAAUUCCAAUUGAGAUUUCGAAGCUGACAAGGUUGGUUAGUCUUGAUUUGUCUACCCUUUACUUCCCUGGAGUGCUUUCACUGAAACUUGAGAAGCCUAAUCUUGCAACACUGGUUCAAAAUCUCACACAGCUAACAGAGCUCCAUCUUGAUGGCGUAACUAUAUCAGCACAUGGCAAAGACUGGUGCCAGGCCUUAUCCUCUUCAUUGCCUAAUCUCAAAGUGCUGAGCAUGUCCAACUGCUUUCUUUCAGGACCUAUUGAUGCUUCCCUUGCAAAGCUUCAGUCUCUUUCAAUAAUUCGUUUGAGCAGUAAUAAUUUGUCUGCUCCAGUUCCAGAAUUCUUUGCAAAUUACUCGAAAUUGAUAGCCUUGCAGCUUAGCUUUUGCGAGUUGAACGGAAUAUUUCCACAAACUAUAUUCCAGGUACCGACACUAGAGAUUCUUGACUUAUCAUUCAACAAAUUCCUUCGGGGUUCUUUUCCAGAGUUUCGUCAAAAUCUCUCUCUUCAGACGCUGAUGCUCAGUGACACAAGUUUUUCAGGGAGAUUACCACAAUCCAUUGGUAAUCUUGGGAAAUUAUCCAGAAUAGAGCUAGCGAAUCACAAUUUUGCUGGACCAAUUCCAAAUUCAAUAGCAAAUCUCACCCAGCUGUUUUACCUGGACUUGUCAUCAAAUAUGUUCACUGGUCCAAUCCCAUCAUUCCGCAUGUCCAAGAACCUUACCCAUGUAGACCUGUCUCGCAAUCAACUAACAGGUGAGAUUCCAUCAAGUCACUGGGAAGGCCUUCUGAAUCUCGCCUUUGUUGAUUUAGGGUACAAUAAAUUCAAUGGGAGCAUCCCCUUGUCACUGUUUGCAAUCCCAUCACUGCAGAAGAUGCAGCUUUCAAACAACCGAUUUGGAGGUCAGAUCCCUGAGUUUCCAAAUGCGUCUUCCUCUCUUUUGGAUACCCUGGAUUUGAGUAGCAACAAAUUAGAAGGGGCUAUUCCCAGUUCUGUCUUCGGUCUUGCAAAACUCAAUGUCCUUGAACUUCCAUCAAAUAAGCUCAAUGGCACGAUGCAAUUACAUUGGAUUCAGACACUUCCUGAUCUCACUACACUUGACCUCUCAUACAACAACUUGACUGUGAAUGCAGCUGGCAGCAAUUCCACCGAGUCUUCCCUUGCCCAAAUCAAAAAACUAAGAUUGGCUUCUUGCAAUCUGAGAAUGUUUCCAGAUCUCAGUAACCAAUCAAACCUAUUCCAUUUAGACCUUUCAGACAACCAAAUUACUGGGCUGCUACCUGGUUGGAUUUCAGCUCUUGAUGUUCUUCAAUAUCUAAAUCUUUCACGCAAUCUCCUAGUUGGUCUAGAGAAACCUUUGUCUCUUCCUAGUCUUAGUGUCUUAGACCUGCAUUCUAACCAGCUUCAAGGAAGCAUUCCAGUUCCUCCACGAUUUAUUACCUAUGUGGAUUACUCGAGCAAUAAUUUCACUUCCUCCAUUCCCCAUGACAUUGGGAAAAGAUACCAAAGGAAAGAAUUUGAUUGGCAGUUCAUAGUCACUGGACUGGGGUUCGGACUAGGAUCAGGAAUUGUGGUGGCACCUCUCUUGUUCUGCAAGAAAAUAAAUAAAUGGCAUGACGAUCGCGUAGAUAAAAUCCUUCUGGUGCUUCUUCCAAUGUUGGGAUUCAGAUACUACGCAAGAGGUGACUGGCGGAUUGAGCCCGAAGAAACUUCUGAAGAAGAAGAUGACACAGAUGUUGAUGAUGAUGAAGUGGAAGACGAUGAUGAAGAUCAUUUUGGAGGGAGAGAGCAUGCUGUGCAGGAUGAUGAGAAUGUAAAGCUGAAAGAUGCAAUUUUGUUGUUGGGUUAA